AUGGAACACCAUUGGAAAGUAUGUUUUAAUAUAAUAGAAACAGCCGUAGUUCUUCUUUCACAUGGUGCCGAUAUCAACGAAAAAGUUAAAGAUGACCAAACCCCUCUUCAUAUUGCAGUAAAAAUAAUAGUAUAA